AUAACAAUUGUGCACAAUUUCUCAUAUUUAUGGUACAAUUAACAACUAUGAUUAUUAUUUAAAAUACCUGCACAUGGAUAUGAUGUGAUUGUUAUAUUUUGCUGAAAAUGGUAGUUGAAGCAGCACUUAUUUGUAUAGAUAAUUCAGAAUAUUCGAGGAAUGGUGAUUUCGCACCUACUCGCUUGGCCGCUCAAAUAGAUGCUGUAGGAUUGAUAGCAAGUGCAAAGCUAUCUGAACAAUUUGAAAACUCUGUUGGAAUUGUAUGUCUCGCACAUAAAGGAUCGCAACUAUUAACGGCGCCAUCAAACGAUCUAGGAAUGUUUUUGUCUGAUUUACACACCAUAAUGCCCUCAACAAAGGCUGACUUUAUCAAGGGGAUACAAACUGCACAGUUGGCACUUAAACACAGAUUGAAUAAAUCACAACAACAGCGAAUAAUUUGCUUUGUGGCCAGUCCUAUACUAGAGCCUGUGAAGCAUUUUAUAACCCUUGGAAAAUUAUUGAAGAAAAAUAAUGUUAUAUUGGAUAUAAUAAAUCUGUCAAACCACUCAGAAACCGAGGAAAAACUAAAGGCUUUGCAUUCAGCCGUCAAUAAUAACAAUACAAGUAAUUAUCUCUGUUGUAAACCAGGAUCUGGCUAUUUGUUGAGUGAUACGAUCCUGAGUUCGUCAAUAUUGAGCGGAAGGGAUACGGAUAGUAGUGGCCAAUUUUCACAAAAUCUCGCAGACUUUGGUGUUGAUCCAGAAGUCGACCCACAGUUGUAUAUGGCACUACGUUUGUCUCUAGAACAGGAAGAAGAAAGAUUGAGAAAAGAAGCAGCAAAAAUACAAAAGUCGGAAAUAUCAAUGGCUGACAUUGAAAAUGCAAUCAAGGAUUUACCAGGAAUAUCAGUUGUACCAAUAGAUAGAUGCCUGGAGAUUUUAACUACCAGUGAAGGUAAUGCUGAACUUUUGGAAUCCCUAAUUUACUCCCUUCCGGACGUGGAUUCUGAAGAACAACGUGUUCAGGAGCUUGUAGCAAAGUUGAAGGAAUUUUUGCCUCAUUUCCAAUUAUAG